CAGAAUAUUGUGAAUGUCAAAUUCGCGUGAUGCGGGGAAGUAGCUAAAUUCGGGCCCACCCUGACGGCAAGGCUUACCUAGUAGGCCGUUGACGCCACGAACGACUGGUCAGGUACAACGUCGCUGCACGCGCCUGCCCGGUCACAUCCUGAAGCGUGCAAAUGGCCCGCGACAUAACAGGGCCCACCCAUACAAGCUUUAGCUUGAUCGCCUUAAAUUUCCCACCUGGCCGAAGCAAGCCAUCAAGUCUGGAAUAAUCCAAUGACGUUCGGGCGUUCAAAGUAUCUUAGUUUACCAUCACGGUCUGUGCAAUACGAAGACUUCUAGGUCGUCCGGCCUCGGAAGCUGGUGAUCAUCGUAGCCAAGAAAUCCAGAGUGGUAAGGGUUGUGUGGCAUGGCGCCUUUUAACGACAGAUAGGAGGCGUAUAUCCUAUAAUUCUGAAAUUGACCACAGUAUGCGCACUCUGUCGUCCCAUCCGCCUCCACUCAAGCUCCACCUUGACACCAAGAUGCAUCCGCACUCUCCUAUCGCCUCCCACUUCCGAAGCCGGCUUACUACCCAAGUGAGAAGGAUCUUGCCUGCCUAUGUCCUUGUGGUAUUCUUGAUCUUGUUUUUCACCAACACUUACUUCUUUACUGCCCCUGUUCGCGCUGCACACAAGUACAGGCGAGAAAGGAAAUAUCAACAACCAAUCCAAGCAGACUUGAGUGUCAUCCCUCGGAAAAUUUGGCAGACUUGGAAGACCGGUCCUCUAGCUUUCGAUCAACGUGACUCAGAUUCGGCAAAGACAUGGUCGGGGAAGAAUCCAGGUUAUCGAUACGAAGUCCUUACAGACGACAAUGCCUUGGCGUACGUUGAAUGGCACUACGGGAAACACGGUUUUGACCGGCCGGAUAUCAUCGCGUUAUACCAAGAUCUGGAAAUUACCAUCAUCAAGGCUGAUCUGCUCCGUUAUCUCGUCAUGUAUGCUGAAGGUGGUGUGUACGCUGACAUUGAUGUCGAGUGCCUCCGACCCAUCGACAGGUUCAUCCCUGAAAGAUAUAGUGAACAUGACAUCGACAUGAUCAUUGGCGUGGAAAUUGAUGAGCCUGCCUUUAUCAACCAUGCAAUCCUAGGCUCCAAAUGCAAGUCGUUCUGUCAAUGGACUUUUGCAGCAAAGCCACGGCUGCCAGUCAUGAUGCGCCUAAUCGAGAACAUCCAAGAGUGGCUGCACGACCUCUCACGGGAAAAAGGCGUUCCUAUCUCGAAACUCCAGUUGGACUUCAACGAGGUCAUUAGUGGGACGGGCCCUUCUGCCUUCACAAAAGCGGUCCUUGAGCAGAUGACGGCACAAAACCAUGGAAAGGAAGUAACUUGGGAUCCCUUCCACAACCUGGCUGAGUCGAGACUUCAAAACGGGAUUCUUGUCCUCAACGUCGAGGCUUUUGCUGCCGGGCAAGGUCAUUCUGACUCAGGCAACCACGAUUCAAGAGGCGCACUGGUGAAGCACCAUUACCACGCUUCUGGAUGGCCGUCCCGCCACCCCCGCCACCAACAUGCCAUGUAUGGCGAGGUCGAACAAUGCAACUGGAAGCCGGACUGUGUCGCGGAAUGGGAUAAGAAUGUUGCCGAGUGGGACACGCUCGGCAAGGAAGAGCAAGAAAAGCGACUGGCAAGUAAGCCAACUCUUGCCUCUCCACCUGCUUGAGCUGCUCGCAGUCC